AUGUUCCGCCAAGGCGCCGCGUUCUGGUUUGUACUUGUGCUUGGCCUCCUCAUGGCCGCACUGAUCAUCGGAGGCGGCUUCUAUCUCGCCGUCCAACAAGGGGCUGUCGAACUGGGCUCGGCGCCGGACAUGGAGGUCACGAUGAGCGCGGCGCCUUCGACUGUUGCCGCGGGCGAGAGUGUGACAUACACCACAAACUACACCAACAAGGGCGAAAAUCCGGCAGGGUCGGUGUCGCUGACGGUCACUUUGCCUCAGGGGACUACGAUAGGGGAAAUCGUCCCCGCCGCCGCAUGCACCCCUUCCGAGUCAACGGUGGUCUGUAGGCUGGGGGACGCAGAAUCCGGGGAGGCAGGGCAGCGUUACGGUCACCGCGACAGUAGCUUCAACGGCGACGAAGGGUACCCAGUUGGAGGCGGGCGCAGAGAUCGAGACCGCCACUACCCGGGAUAUUAA